AUGAGCGAUUCGUGCGUGACGGCCAUGCGAAUCCCCCGCGCCCUCUCCUCAACUAACGCCCGCGGGCCCGCGCUGACUCCGCCGCAGAAGCGUGCCGCCGCCGCGUGCAGGAGAGAGGUGCUGAGCGCGCUGCAGCAGUGGGCGGCAGAAGCGAGGCGGAGAGACGCCGAGGACGCCUGCCAGUGGGAGUCGCCCGAGCUGCCGCCGAGCGCACACUCGCAGGUCACACGCGAACCCCACAGCGGCCCUGCUGCUGAUAGCCCCGCUCACCCCGCUGAUAGCGGCCCUGCCGCCGACAGUUCCACGACUACUAGUGCUAGUAGUAGAAUCGUUAGUACCAUCACCGGCGGCGCCAGCAGCACCGUUGACACAAUUUUGAGCGCAGCUGCUGACUUUGUCAGCCCUGGCAGUGCUGCUCCUCUUGCUGCUGCUUCUCCCACUACUCCUAAUUCUCCUGCUGCUCCUGCUCCUGCUCCUGUCGCUGCGCCUGCUGCUGCCCCUGCUGCUGCACCUACUGCCGCGGCCCCAGAAGACUCCGCCGCGCCGCUGUGCUCCGCGGCGUGGGGGCGGGCGGCGCUGGCGCGAGCAGCAGCGGCGAGUGCGUACGUGGGGAGGGCGGUGAAGCGGAAGAUGACGUCACUGGCGCGGAUAGCAGCCGGCGUGGAUGCAGUGUGCCGUGGGGUGCGCGAGAUAGAAGCCAGCCUGGUCGGCGAGUGCGGCGACAAGGGCAAUGCGGGUGGCCAGGGUGGGAGGUGCUUGCAGCUGAAGCGGGAGCAGGAGCGGGAGCAGCAGCUGGAGUGGGAGCAGCAGCGGGAGGGGGAGCAGCAGCGGGAGCAGCAGGGGGAGCAGGAGCGGGAGAAGGAGCGGAGAGCAGCAGCGGAGCGGGAGCGGAAGCAGGAGCAGGAGCAGCGGGAGCAGGGGUUGCAAAGUGCAGCACGUGGCCUGAGGCGUGCUGGCCUGCGGAACGUGGACGUGCAGGUGUGGGUGAAGAGCACAUUCGGUCGGGUGGCCUUUGAACCCCCCACCAACGCCAUCUCCUUCCAGAUGCUUCCGUACAGCCAGGCGUGGCACGCCAUGGCGCAUCGAGCCAUGGCCCGCCUGCCCCAACGGUACAUUGCGGUGCACUACCGCUCUGAGUUCAUCGCCUUCCACCUCCUGCACAAGCUAGUGCAACGAGGCUUCAAGGCGGAGGCAGGCGUGCUGGAGGCGCUGAUGGCGGGGUGCAUGGAGGCGGCGCGCGACGUGAUCAACGGCAUGAAGCGCCGCCACAACAUCUCGGCCGUCUUCAUCAUCGCCGCUGACGUGCCGUUUGACGACCAGGCGGGCAGCGUGGUGCGGUCGGACUCGUGGAGGGAGACCACGUGGAAGUUCCAAGGCCAGGACAGGGUGCUGCAGGCCCCAAGGGAGAAGCUGCGAUGGUUGAGGGAGCAGGUGGCGGGCACAGUGAUGGUGGACGAGCUCUUGCCUGCUGUCAACCAGUAUGACCCCGGUCAGUGA